CUCCCUUCCACCGACUAACCACCUCUUUCUCCCUGUCACAAUCACCAUUCUAUAAAACCUAUUAUUAAAAUUUAAAGCAAAUCAAAAUCCUUAAUUUCACUUCUCAUGAAAUCAAUCCCACCAGAAGAAGAAAGAAAUAUGUAUACAUUGAAAGAAAAAGUAACGGAGAAGCUUUCUCGUCUCUUCGCUGAUUCGCCUCAUCAUCAUUCUCCGCUUCAAGAUCCUCAGGUCAGAUCGUACUCUAAAGAGGGGAAGUCUUUCACGUCUUACUUUUCCUUCAUUGUCCCUUUGGCAAGCUCUGAUCGUUCUAAAUCUGAAAAACAGCGACGUGAUCUCAAAACAGUUCAUUCCCUUCCUGUUAGACGUAUUAUUGAAGAUUUUGAUCAGCAAAAUGAACAGUUUGAUGAAUAUGAAGAAUGUAUCGCAGGUAGUCCGGUUAGAGAGAAUAAGGAAAAUUGUCCUGUUAAUGAGAAUAAGAAAAGGAAUCCAGUAAAUGAGAAUAAGCAACCAGUUAGUCCUGAUAAUGAAUAUAAGGACUGUGCCUCUGGGAGUAGUUGUGGUGAUUCUGAUGUAUUUGCAGAAGCAAAUGACCUAUCUAUUCCGACAAAACUUUUGUCUAAUCUCACAGAUGACUCUUCAUUUAUUACCCCAGAAUUGUAUGAAUUCUUGCAGUCAUCCCUUCCAAAUAUUGCCAAAGGAUGCCAGUGGAUUUUGCUAUACAGUACGUUGAAACAUGGUAUAUCACUCCGUACACUUAUUCGCAAGAGUGCCGACCUUUCUGGCCCCUGUUUGUUGAUUGUAGGAGACAUGAAAGGUGCUGUGUUUGGUGGGAUGCUAGAGUGCCCCUUGAAACCCACCCCAAAGAGAAAAUAUCAAGGCACAAACCAAUCUUUUGUAUUCACCACGAUAUAUGGUCAACCUAGGCUCUUUAGACCUACAGGUGCCAACAGAUAUUAUUAUAUGUGUAUGAACGAAUUUCUGGCACUUGGUGGAGGUGGCAACUUUGCUUUAUGCUUGGAUGGAGAUCUGUUAACUGGAACUAGUGGACCUUGUGAUACAUUUGGGAAUUUAUGCUUGGCUCAUAACCCGGAGUUUGAGUUAAAGAAUGUUGAGCUUUGGGGGUUUUCGCAUGUAUCUAAUUACCUAUAACUUGACGCAAGGUUGAGAUGCUUGUGUGGAAUAUGUAUGGUUUUUUAUUAUUUUAUUCAUGGUCUUGCCCUUGUGGCCUCUGCUAUCAUUAAGGUAGGUCUGGUCAAGAUCACGUAAUUGAUAUUCGAUUGCCAUUUUGGUAAAUUAUUUAGUUUAAAUUGUAAUGCUAUAUUAUAGAAUCAUAGUGUAAGUUUGUUCAGGGCAAUAAUUUCUUAGAAA